AUGAGAAAGGCGGCUCGUGUCUUAUGCUGGAGAAAGGAAGAGGAAAAUAUUGACCGUCCUGCCUGCCGAUUCCGAUUUCUGGAUGAGGUCGAGGAGUGUCCAUCUAUUUAUCCACGGGAGACUUCAUUAUCUCUAGACGAGGACUCUGUUUUGGCAGAAGAAGAGAAGACAAUAGGACCGACCGUCGCCACAAGUUCUCUCCUCCCUUUUCCAGAAGAUUUCAUCGUUCAUCAG